GGGCAGGAAGAGGGGCCGGUGGCGGCCACUGUGCAGUCAGCUGGGCUGCGGGCGGCGGAGACGGCCUGCGGGGCGAGCCAGCGAGGAGCUGGGAGCGGCCGCCUGGUGCCGCGGUCCUGCAGAGCGGGGCGCAGAGGCCAGCCCGGCAUGCCGGGCCCUUGGCGCUGAGUCCACUGCGUCAUGGAGGGCCUGACGGGGAGGGGGCCCGUGGGGCCCCCGGGAGGCAGCGGUGGCCGCGAGGUCCAGAGAGCGGGAGCGAGUGCGUCAGCCGCCUGGGGGCGAGCAGGGCCUGAGGAGGCCAAGGCUACCGUGGGAAGCGACGCUGCCGCCCCUGGCGUUUCUCCACCGGCUGCUGGGCCCUCUCCUGGCCAGAUGGGCUCCUACCCCACAGACCUGACUUUGCAGCUGCUGGCUGUGCAGAGGAAAAGCGGAUUGCCCGACCCCAGCCUGCAGCAGGUCCUGCGGGGCCGGCUCCGUCUUCUGGAGAAUGACAGCUGGGAGGUGGCCCGUGCUCUCGGGGAGCUAUCGGCCAGGCUGCUGUCCAUCCACAGUGACCAGGAUCGGAUUGUGGUGACGUUUAAGACUUUUGAAGAAAUCUGGAAGUUUUCCACCUACCACGCUCUCGGCUUCACUCAUCACUGCCUGGAAAACCUGCUUGUGGACCAGACCUUCUGGCUGCUCGAGCCUGAUGAAGACCAGGAGACGGCCAUCCAAGUCCACGUGGAUGAGGAGGCCUUGAAGCUGACACACGAGAGCCUCCUUUUCCAGGAAGGGCCUUUCUUUGUGCUGUGUCCUGACCACCACGUGAAAGUGAUGAAUGGCCUCCAGCCCCUCGGGCAGGCUUCGGGGUUUCCCCGGGCAGAGGCGGCGCUGCCAGUGGACUCUUUGGCCCCCAGCCACAACACAUCCUCAGAGGAGCGGACAGCCGCGGAGCCCUUGAUUCCGUUCCAUCAGUGGGCUCUUAGGGUCCCCUGGGACCCCAUCAACGACUCCAUGGGUGGACCUGUGACGCCGGACAUCCAGCCGAUGGCUGUGGGCCUGGCCUCGGCUGUGGCGGACUGCCAGGGCUCAGGGCCCGAAGAGAUGACCUUCCGAAGCGGUGACCACAUCGAGAUCCUGGGCGCCCAGGUGCCUGGCCUGCCCUGGUGCCUGGGCCGGCACGCGGCCUCCAGCCAGGUCGCCUUUGUGCAGACGAGCCUCAUCAGCGCGCAGGGCCAAGCGUCUGACUUGGAAAAUGUGAUUUUUCUCAAUGAAGAGGAAAGGUCUUUCUUCAGCAGCGAAGGACGCUUUUCCGAGGAGGAUGCCAGGCAGCUACUCAGGAGGAUGUCCAGCACGGACGUCUGCACUGUGUACAGCUUGGACACAGAAGAAGCUGAGAUGCAGCAACAGGAAGAACAUGAGAUGCCCCCGCCUUGCCUGCACCCAGAGCCACGUGAGACCCUGCAGAAGGUGAAGAAUGUCCUAGAACGAUGCAAGUCCUGCCGGGGCUGCCCCAAGGAGCCAACGUCCCCGGGCGUCCACGGGGCGUCCAGUGGUGCGAGCUCGCCAGACGCCAAGUCCUGCCGGGGCUGCCCCAAGGAGCCAACGUCCCCGGGCAUCCACGGGGCGUCCAGUGGUGCGAGCUCGCCAGACGCCAAGUCCUGCCGGGGCUGCCCCAAGGAGCCAACGUCCCCGGGCAUCCACGGGGCGUCCAGUGGUGCGAGCUCGCCAGACGCCAAGUCCUGCCGGGGCUGCCCCAAGGAGCCAACGUCCCCGGGCAUCCACGGGGCAUCCGGUGGUGCGAGCUCGCCGGACACCAAGGACCUCUCCUUCCGCCUGGACGCCGGGGAUGCCCGGGCUGACCCGGAGGCCCUGGGCUCCCUGCUGCAGUUCCUGGAUAAGCCCGGCUUCGAGGCCGGCUUCCAGGGCCUGUACAACCUCUCCCCGCCCGGGCUGAGCGGCGUGUUUGGCGGCUUCACCGACGAUGAGGAGCUGGCCCGGCUUCUGGCUGAGGCCCGGGGGGUGGCCAAGAAGGCCGGGCUGCCCAUGGCCCUGGCCAGGCUCUGCUUUCUGCUGGGGCGGCUGUGCGUCCGGCGGCUGAAGCUGUCCCAGGCCCGCGUGUACUUCGAGGAAGCCCUGGGGGCGCUGGGGGGCCGCUUCGGGGACCUCGUCCUGGUGGCGGCCGUGUACACCAGCCUGGCCGCCGUCCACCUGCGGCAGAAGAACAGGGAGAAGUGCGCGCAGGUGGUGCCCAAGGCCUUGGCCCUGAUCCUGGGGACGCCCGGCCACGUCGGCGGCUCCGAGGCCGAGUCGGGGCUCCUGCAGCUGGGCCUGCGGAGGGCUAUCGGCGCCCGCAGCCCGCAGGCCGAGGCCCGGGCCUGCUUCCUGCUGGCCGAGCACCACGCCCGCGGCAAGCGGCCCGAGGAGGCCCUGCCCUUCCUGGAGAGGCUGCUGCAGCUGUACGGGGCCUCGGGGGCUCCGGGCGCCUCGUGGCCCGUCGACUGCUACCUGCUGCUGGCGGACGUCUACAGCCGCAAGUGCCUCCCUCACCUGGCACUGAGCUGCGUCAAGGUAGCCUCGCGGCGGGCGCGGGGCUCGCUGGACAGCGCGCUCCGGAGCGCGGCCCUGGUCCUGCGGGGCAGCCCCCAGCUCCCCCGCCUCCCCGCCCAGCUCGCCCCCUACCUCCUGCAGGCCCUGGCCUCCCCGGCCUCGGGCGCGGGGCGGGCGCUGCGCGGCCCCAUCUACGCCAGCCUGGCCCGGCUGCACAGCCAGCACGGGCGACAGGGCAGGGCCAUCGCCUUCAUGAUGCGGGCCGCGGAGACGGACGCCCAGAUUGGCAGCCGCACGGUCGUGGACCGCCUGGUGGCCCUCGCCUGGUUGCACGUGCUUCACAGGCAGAUCCCGGCAGCCCUGGACAUCUUGGAGUCCGUCCUGGAGGCGGCGGUGGCCGCCCUGGACCAGGAGGGCGUGAUCGCCAACAUGGCGGCUAUCGCCCUGAAGAGGAUGGGCAGGACCCAGCAGGCGGCCGAGGGCUACUACCGCGCCCUGCGGGUCGCCAGGCGCCUGGGUCGCCAGCGGAACAAGGCGGUGGUCCUGGCCAACUUCGGGACCCUGUGCCUGCAGACCGGCGCCGGCAGGCUGGCCCAACACUACUUCCUGGAGGCCGUGAAGCUCUUCUCGCGGCUGCCCAGCGGAGAGUGCGGCCCAGACUUCACCCAGGUGCUCCUGCGGCUGGGUCACCUGUGCACCCGCAGGGCCCUCACCCGGCAGGGCAAGUGCUACUACGAGUGGGCCUUUCUGGUCGCCGUGGAGACGGACCAUUUGGAGAGCCAGCUGCACGCCGUCCAGCGGCUGUGUCACUUCUACAGCACAGUCAUGCCCAGUGAGGCCCAGUGUGUCGUCUACCACGAGUUCCAGCUUUCGCUGGCCCGCAGGGUGGCCGACAAGGUGCUGGAGGGGCAGCUCCUGGAGGCCAUCAGCCAGCUCUACCUGUCCCUGGGCACCGAGAGGGCCUACAAAUCCGCGCUGGACUACACCAAGCGCAGUCUGGGGAUAUUCAUCGACCUGCAGAAGAAGGACAAGGAGGCGCACGCCUGGCUGCAGGCGGGGAAGAUCUACUACAUCCUCCAGCAGAACGAGCUGGUGGAUGUCUACAUCCAGGUGGCACAGAACGCGGCCCUGUACACAGGGGACCCCAAGCUGGGGCUGCAGCUCUUUGAGGCGGCUGGAGACAUCUUCUUCAACGGGACCUGGGAGCGGGAGAAAGCCGUGUCCUUCUACCGGGACCGGGCGCUGCCCCUGGCCGUGAACACGGGGAGCCAGGAGGCCGAGCUGCGUCUCUGCAACAAGCUGGCAGCGCUGCUGGCCGAGACGGAGGCGCCGCAGGAGGGCCUGGAGUUCGCCCACACGGCCCUGGCCCUCAGCGUCACCCUCGGGGACCGGCUGAACGAGCGGGUGGCCUACCAUCGGCUGGCCGCCCUGCACCAGCAGCUGGGCCAUGGGGAGCUGGCCGAGCACUUCUACCUCAAGGCACUCUCGCUCUGCACCUCGCCACUGGAAUUUGACGAGGAGACCUUGUACUACGUGAAGGUGUAUCUGGUGCUCGGAGACAUCAUCUUCUACGACCUCAAGGACCCGCUCGACGCGGCCGGGUACUACCAGCUGGCACUGGCAGCGGCCGUGGACCUGGGCAACAAGAAGGCGCAGAUGAAGAUCUACACGCGCCUGGCUGCCAUCUACCACAACUUCCUCCUGGACCGGGAGAAGUCCCUGUUCUUCUACCAGAAGGCUCGGACCUUUGCCACCGAGCUUAACAUCCGCCGGGGACACAUGGCCCCUGGGCGGUGCUGCGGGCGGGCGGCCUGGCUGGUCCCCGGGCCCUCGUCCUGAGCCGUGGCCUCCGU